AAAAAUUCAUAAAACAUCUCUCCACACAUCUAAACCCUUAAGACAAUGGCGACGGAUCAUCAUCACACCUCCUCCGACGAAAGCACGCGACUUUACAACCCUUACCAGCACUUCGACGUCCCGAUCAAAGCGCAUCACCUCUACAAGCUCCCCACCUCCCCGGAGUACCUCUUCACCGAAGAGUCCCUCAAAAAGCGCCGAUCUUGGGGAGAGAAUCUCUCCUUCUACACUGGCACGGGCUACCUCGGCGGAUCUCUCGCCGGAGCCGCGGCGGGGUUCUUCUCCGGCGUCGGGAGCUUCGAGUACGGAGACACGGCGAAGCUGAAGGUGAACAGGAUCCUGAACUCGUCUGGUCACGCGGGACGGUCGCUGGGGUGUAAGGUUGGGGUUGUGGGUUUGAUCUACGCGGGGAUUGAGAGUGGUGUCGUGGCGUAUACGGAUAGGGAUGACGCGUGGACGAAGGUGGUGGCGGGGAUUGGGACUGGGGCUGUGUUUAGGGCGGCGCGUGGGGUGAGAGCUGCGGCUGUGGCGGGUGUGCUUGGAGGGAUGGCGUCUGGUGCGUUUGUGGUGGGGAAGAGGGUUUUGAAGCGGUAUGCUUACAUAUGAGCUGGUGGCCGUUGGGGGGAGAUAAUAAAAAUCAUAGCUUUUGAUUGUUUCUAGCGGUAGCAUUCUUGAUCAAUUUCAUUAUUGCAUAAAAUAACCUGCGGAAACUUAUUUUAUAUAUUAUAUGAUGAUAAGGUUUUACA